AUGAGGAGUUUAGUCUCCGGCGCGAUUAAGCGCGCUAGGCUGGAAAAAGUAGAGCCUAUGAUAAGCUAUGAAGCCUUUGUCGAAGACCUAGAUCGUGGCGACUCAUUUACCACGUCUCUUAUCGAGGUUUUAGUCAAGGAGAUUGCCGAACGUCGAUUUCGCCAAAGUACUGCAGACCGUGGUCUCAUAGCCGAUCGCACCGCAAGGUCGUUGCGGAGGCUCUCAAGUCCCCCGGCGGUGUACCGUGAACGUGGACUAGGACGCGGAACGGGUGGUCGGCGGGCCUUGGACCCCACUGACUACCUAUCUCAACCCCCUGAAGAACUGGACGUCGAUGACGACGACGACGAGUUAGGAUCAUACAAUGCCUUUGUGCCUGUCGUAGAAGGUGCUCGCAUAAACACUGACUUGUAUGAGGCAUAUCGCUCUCAACAUAGUUGGUCGAAUUCCUCGGUACCAUAUGUGUUCAGUAUCCCUCACAUGUCUCCCCCAUUGCCAGUCCCUCCCUCCGAACCCCCCGCGAGUGAUAGGGUGUUGCCUCCAUUGAUCGAGGCCUCACCCCCACCGAGGGCGAGCGUGUGGUUACCACCAGCUAGUGGUCUCCUCCAUGGUUCAUCAUCAAGACAAAAUCCUAUGCGACGGCCCCCAAGAAGUCGUCGGCUCACGGACUUCGACGAGUUUACCACUCAAAGACGCAACUUAGCACGUCAACUUACCGUCGACGAUGACCCCACAACUCGGCCGGAUGGUGCGAAUACUAAUCCACUGCUGCCAGAUAGCUCGCCAUCCAACAUUCGGUCUGAGGACACGUUUUCGACAUCUCGUACGUCUUCGCAAGCAAGACGAUUCUUCCCAUUUGGUAGGGGAAGGCGUUUCGAGAUUAUUCCCGCUCCCAGACCAGCUACAAGCGUUUCUGAAGACUGGCUCUUCCCUCCCCCACCUGGGUUGCCUAGCGCUUCUGAGAGAGCGGAAAGCAUGCGCACAGACGAAGACCGCAGUGACGAGCGUUCUCAAGCACCUCGACUCCGCCGAGGUGGCUUACGGGCGCCGGAAGCUAUGCUUUCGCGGCAUGGAUUUUCAUCAUGGCUAGGUCUGCCCCCUCAUGAAGAGCCACCCGCUGUUGGAAGAAGCCUGGAGGAUGGUGAGAACAUGUCACCAGGAGAGCAGGUGGACCCUGUUAUUCCAAGACCUGUUUCGGCUUCUGAGAUCGCUGCACAGUCCAUUGGAAGUUCCUAG